AUGCGAGACGAGAAACGCAAGGCCAUUCCGGCUCUUGGAUUCUACCCCCAAGAUGAGAUCAGCACUGGAACCACUUUGAUCGCAAUGGAAUACAACGGAGGAGUUGUUGUUGGAACCGACUCGAGAACUAGUGCUGGAUCGUUCAUCACUUCCCGUGCGACUAACAAGAUCACUCCAAUCACCGAUAACAUGGUUGUGUGCCGUUCAGGAUCUGCAGCUGACACUCAAGCCAUCGCCGACAUCGCCAAGUAUCAUAUUGACGUCUACACUAUGACUGAGAACAAGCCAGUGACGAUCUACCGCUCUAGUCAAAUCUUCCGUCAGUUCCUUUACAACUACCGAGAACAACUUUCUGCUUCUGUUCUCGUCGCUGGAUGGGACAGCGAGCUUGGAGGACAAGUCUACGCUAUCCCGAUUGGUGGAUUUGUCUCUCGCCAACGUUCAACUGCUUCUGGAUCUGGAUCCACAUUUGUGCAAGGAUUCCUCGACAGUCAGUGGAGACCAGAUUUGACUCUUGAAGAGUGCAAGGCUAUUGUCAAGCAAGCUGUCGGUCUCGCUACAUUCCGUGAUGGAUCAUCUGGAGGAGUCGUCCGUCUUGCUGUCAUUGACAAGACUGGAUCCAAGUUCGAGCUUUUCCGUCCAGACAAACCAGGAUUCCCAUUCGUGCAGACACCAACUCCACAUCUCUCAUUCCCACCACACAUUGAGCAAGUGCUCUAA